UUAAGCCUUCCCUCUACUAGUAAAAUGGGGGCAAAAAACUUUGGAACAGAGAAACUUACAACCCUAAUGGAACCUGAGGGAGAUGAAGCGUAUCAUCAACACCCAAAAAUGUUCAAACCCACAAAUAAUACUCAAUUUCCAUCCACUUCAAGCAAUAAAGAUUCAAUCUUGACAAACCCCAUCUUGCCACAAGAACUCAUCACAGCAAUUCUUGUAAGGCUUCCAGUUAAAUCCCUCUUACAGUUCAAGUGUGUUUCAAAAGAUUGGUUUAGUUUAAUCUCUAGUCCUUCUUUUAUCAGGACCCAUCUUAGUUUUUCUGUUAAGAAUUGCACCCACCAUAGAUUUCUAUUGAUAUCUGGACGACACAUUAUUAAACAUUGUUCUUUUAGUUCUUUAUUUAAUGAGUCUAGUAUUAAGGCAUUGGACUUGGAUUAUACCAUGAAAACCCCCUAUAAUUCUGUUCAUAUUGUGGGUUCUGUUAAUGGAUUGAUUUGUUUUCUUAUUGGGUUGAAUGGCUUGGUUCUGUGGGAUCCGUCAACUAGAAAGUUCAAGCAAGUAGUUACCCUUAUGUCUAUACGGAAGUAUUUUCUGGUCAAGGUCAAGUAUGGUUUUGGAUAUGAUGAGGUUCACGAUGAUUAUAAGGUAGUGAGUAUUUUCAUUGAAAGUAAGAAUCGCUACGAUGCCAAUAUAUAUAGUUUAAAGAGUGAUUCUUGGAGAACACUUGAUGAUUUCCAAGGCAAGGUAGAAUCCACUUCUUUGGCAAGUCGGUGA